UUAUUAUCAAUGCGAUUAGUUUUCCCUCUGUUCCAACCCCCACAAAACCCUCUCUCUCUCUCUCUCUCUCUCUCUCUCUGUGUGAUGAUGAUGAUGGUGAUACUGAGCUCGUUCGUGCGUGUCCGCGGUAGGUGAAUUCCGUUCAAAUCCACCGAUUCCUCGCUGAUCGUCUCCUUCUCCGUCGCUGCACAGUUUGGGGGAGAUCAACACAGCUUUUGAUGAUCUGAAUCAUCUCUACUCUGAGUACUGAUGGGGGCUAUUCUGAGCUUGAAUGGUUCCAGAUGCAGAGCGAGGGAGACCUAUGAGAUUGCGCCGGGUGAGAUUUGCAAGAGGCAGAAGGUGUCAUCAAGCUCGUUUGAGGAUGAUACGAGGUUGAUACCCAGCCUUCCGGACGAGAUAUCAUUUCAGAUUCUGGCCAGACUUCCUAGAACCUGCUAUUUGAAAGUAAAGUCAGUGUCACGAUCUUGGAAAAAUGCGAUUACAAGUGCUGAACUCUUCAGUUUGAGGAAGGAGCUCGGAACAUCUGAGGAAUGGCUCUAUAUUUUGACCAAAGUGGAUGAGGAUAAGCUUUUGUGGCAUGCUUUGGAUCCUUCAUCAAUGAGAUGGCAAAGAUUGCCCCCAAUGCCUAUGGUUUCAUUCGAAGAUGAAUCGAGGAAAGGCCUUGGGAGCUUACGGAUGUGGAACGUUAUGGGUUCAAGUAUUAGAAUUGCAGAUGUCAUCAGGGGCUGGCUUGGGAGAAAAGACGGACUAGAUCGGAUGGCUUUUUGUGGAUGUGCAGUUGGGGCUGUUAAUGGAUGCCUCUAUGUGAUCGGUGGCUUUUCUAGAGCCUCGGCCUUGACUAGCGUUUGGCGAUAUGAUCCCACUCUAAAUACGUGGAGUGAAGCAAGUCCCAUGUCCAUUGGUAGAGCUUAUUGUAAGACAGGCAUAUUGAACAAUAAGCUUUAUGUUGUUGGUGGGGUCACUCGUGGUCGUGGUGGUUUGACCCCACUUCAAUCAGCAGAAGUGUAUGACCCCCUCACUGGUUUAUGGUCCCAAAUACCAAGCAUGCCUUUUGCCAAAGCUCAGGUGCUUCCUACUGCAUUCCUUGCUGAUCUACUUAAGCCUAUUGCCACUGGAAUGACUUCAUACAGGGGAAGGUUGCUGGUGCCUCAAAGUUUGUACUGCUGGCCUUUCUUUGUAGAUGUCGGAGGAGAAGUAUAUGAUCCAGAGAUGAAUUCAUGGGUCGAAAUGCCGACUGGCAUGGGCGAGGGUUAGCCUGCAAGGCAGGCAGGCACGAAAUUGAGUGUCACUGUAGAAGAGUUGUAUUCGUUGGAUCCUUCUAGUUCUCUUGAUAGUGCUAAGAUCAAGGUAUAUGAUCAACAAGAUGAUGCUUGGAAAGUCAUUACGGAAGAAGUUCCUAUUCGCGACUUUGCUGAUUCAGAGUCUCCCUAUUUACUUGCUAGCUUACUGGGCAAGCUUCAUGUUAUCACUAGAGAUGCAAAUAACAAUAUAUCGGUUAUGCAAGCAGAUGUCCAGAACAAUCUCAACCCCUUUCCAAUGGUUUCAUCAUCUUUAGCAGAAGAUUCUGUCUUCAAGGUGCAAUCAGAAAGAAAUCUUUGGAAGGUCAUAGCCACUAAGUGUGCGGGAUCUGCAGAGCUUGUAAGCUGUCUGGCCCUUGACAUUUGAGAAGGGAGUCGGUAAUUUUCUUAUUUUCGGCCACAUUAGUAUAUAUCUACAGCGUGCUAUUAACAUUCGAAUCACUGUAUGGUUUGAUUUAAAAUUUAUCUUCUUGUAAAGAUAGCAAGCAGAGAUAAUGAAGAAAUCUCGCUUUAGUUAUCUCCAUUGAAAAUGCAAAAUCAGUGUCAAGCUUUCACACUUA